CGCUCGAUGAGUGGUGCGAUUGAUGACCUGGUCUGCCAGCGCGCACUGCCAACGCCAACGCCGCUCCUUGUGGUCACGUUGUCGUGCACACACGCCAGCCUCUCACUUUUCUUCCCCCAUCCAUCCGUCCUCUGUCUGCAUUGCGUACGAGUCCGACGCCACGGAUAUCGCCUCGAUGACAUUCCACCACCAGCCUGCCCUUGCCAAGAUUAUCCGGCGCCUGUUUUGCUGGAAAUGAACCGCACGCGCUCUCUCUAAUCUCCCCAUCUCCCCCUGGCCACGCCUCCAACUUCACAGAAACUAUCAUCUCGUCCGCAAACAAUCCAUUUGCACCUUCAGCCGCGCAUGUGUGCGAUGCAACGAGUUGGAUUCAUGUGUUCUAGCCCUCGCUUUCUGAUCGCCUUCAUCCUUGGUUCCGCCAUACCUGCAGGGCAACGUUCGGUCACGAUGCAUCGAUAUGUCAUUCAGCAUGCAAGCACCCUGGCAUACAUAGUACAUGCGUCCCGCGCCGUUCUCGCUCCCGCUCGCUCUUUCGCUCAGCCCUAUACUCUUACACCCGGCUAGCCUCUCCACUUCGCUUUGAAGUUGAAGUGUAGCGUCGAGAGCAAUGGUUUCAGUCCCCAUACUGAUGCACCUAUACAUCAAUAGCCUUUUGAGACGUGUUCUAGCAAUCCAUCAUUCAACCCAGCGCAGUCUACUUACCUACCAAUCGUCAUAUAACCGUGGAAAGAUGGUAAGAUACCAAUCGGUAAGCUGCAUAUCUCUAAGAGUCUCUUCGUACAGUUUCCCCCAGCAGGAAGAAAGAGCAUCGCGAGGGCGUCCAGUCCAGACACAUCACCCAUGCACGUAAGCACUGCUCGCACGCAUCGUGUGCUCACCCACACCCAAAUUUCUUUCCAUCUCUCAUUUCUCCGCAUCUCAGACCGUUUCCUUCACCGUUUCCUCUUCUCCAAACCAUCAGUCGAGAGUUCUGAAUUGUCCUCUUCUCUCGCUUCUCUGUACUGCUGCACCGAGAACCUACAUCCGCUAUCGUCUUGCAUCUCGCACGCUAAAGGAUAAAUCUGCCUGGCUAAACUCCUCUCCCAAAUCUCACGAUCCCGAACAGCCAAGCCCUGUAGGGCUGAAAGCUCGCACAUCUUACGAUCUUACAUCGCUCCCACAAGCAAGCCAGUUUUCGAGGAGGCGCCAAAUGAGGACUAAACCCACGAGGGCUUUUCUUACAUACAUAUGUGUGUAUAGGAGGGGUGGUGCGGAAGUGUGCAAAUGAGCGUCGAAGGAGCGUGCAAGGCCCGCAUGCAAUCACAUGGGGUAAGACAUACAUAUAUGAAGAAUAUAUAUAUUAACACACGUGUCUGUCUCUGUGCAUACCGUAUAUCGUGCGUGUUGAUUACCCACCCGUCGCAUUUCUCACGGUUGAUAAGGUUUAUGGCCCCCCCUCCCUCUCCUCCUCCCUCUCCCCCCUCCAUUUACCCCUCUUGUCCUUUGCUUCCCUCACUUCAAUUUGCUGGUGGAUUGUUCUUCUCGUCCCUUGCUAAGUCUUUUCUUCCAUCAUUGCUGUCUUAAUAUUCUUCUUCUAUGCCGCAUCUUUCUCCCCUGCGAGUAUCUCUGGCUACGCCCAUGCUCACAUGCAAUACAUCAACUCUCAAGAUCUCGGCCGAGUAUGGACCCGAUGCUGCGUUGAGGCAAACAUGACAUCCAAAAGCAAGAAAAGAGAAUAAUGCAGAUGCAGCCAUGCCCUCCCAACGACCCUCCCCACGAUUAAAACAUGCCAACACUAAGCCCGAACACACGGCGGUAGCAAGUACAUGAACUAU